AUGGCGGCCUCCAUCGGCGGCUCCAUGGCUCCUCCGCUCAGCAGCUCCGUCUCCAAGCUGCAGUCCCUCAACGGAGUCUUCGCCGUCUAUAAGAAACAGGGACCGACGUCCGCCGACGUCCUGAACGCGCUAAAGGAGGCCUUGCUCAAAGAAGCGGGGGUCCGGAACCCCAACCCGAGGAAGAGGAAGAAGCAGAGCCUGAAGAUGGGCCAUGGAGGGACGCUGGACAGCGCAGCCAGCGGGGUCUUAGUUGUGGGCGUCGGAAAUGGAACUAAAAUGCUGAGCCGGAUGUUGACGGGGUCAAAGAAGUACGUGGCUGUGGGCGAGCUGGGGAAGGCCACCGACACCCUGGACGCCACCGGCAGCGUGGUGCUGGAGAGCAGCUUCGAACACAUCAGCAGCCGGGACAUGGAGGAGAAGCUGAAGACCUUCACUGGAGACAUCAUGCAGGUUCCUCCUCUCUACUCGGCUCUGAAGAAGGACGGCCAGCGUCUGUCGGUGCUGCUGAAGAAAGGCCAGCAGGUGGAGGCCAAGCCGGCCCGCCAGGUCAGCGUGUACCGGCUGAGUCUGCAGGACUUCAACCCUCCACUCUUCACUCUGGACAUCGAGUGUGGUGGAGGGUUCUACGUCCGGAGCUUGGUGGAUGACCUGGGAAAAGCUCUGUCCUCCUGCGCUCACGUCAAGCAGCUGAUCAGGACCAAGCAGGGGCCCUUCACGCUGCAGGACCACGUCCUGCACGAGGACCAGUGGACUCUGGAGCACGUCCUGCGGGUCCUGCAGCCCUGCCCGGAGGGGGGGCUGGAGGGGGGCCCGGAGCCUGGGUCAGAGGAGGGGCCAGACGGGAGGUCAGAGGACCGGCAGCCCGACCCGUCAGAGGAGACGGGUCCCGUUGUUGGGACGUGAUAUUGAUCCUCGUCUGUCGUUAAAGGUCCAGGAUCUUCUUUCUGUCUUCAGUUUGCUGCAGCAGCUUUAUUUGUAUCUUGACGACUCAAACAGAAAUAGCUGCGCUUCACGGAGGUCCCGAUAUCGACGAGUGGUCAGAAUGAAAGUGGAGUUCAGUUCGUUCACUGGCUUUAAGAGAGGUGAAGUUAUGCAGAGUUUAAUCGGUUCUUCUUUCUCUAAGUCUCCAGAUUACCUCCAGAAGACUGGAACAUGCUGUUUGAUUCAUUUUGUUUCCUUGUCAUUAAAACCUUCUGCAUUUGUUCUUGAAUAAAGUUUUUUUUUUU